UAAGAAAGGUCUCCCGGAAGUGGACCCGUCCUCGUAUUUUCCGGACCAUAUUUUCUUGGCUUGUUUGCAGCAGCGUUUCUGCUGCUUGAGGAGCAGUUGGUUUGGUGACUUGUCAACAGAAACAUGGCUGCCUCUGCGUCCGUGAAAGCAUACCGAAACGAUAACGCUUCCAUGGGCAGUCAAAAAUGCAUCGAAGAGCCCCCCGCACCGACGCGGGAGAUUAUCAAACCGUCAAUCAUGGAGCUCACCAAAGAAGUGCGGACCAAUAUCCUAUGCACCGUGGAAGGAUGUGGCAAGAUUCUACCGAACACGCCAGCCCUGAACAUGCAUCUCGUGAAGUCCCACAGAGUAAAGGACGGUCUUGUCAACCCCACCAUCAGGAAGGUCAUGAAGGGUUCUCAGAAGCUCUACUGUUGUCCCAUAGAGGGCUGUCCGCGAGGCCCCAACAGACCCUUCUCCCAGUUUUCCCUGGUUAAACAGCACUUUAUGAAGAUGCACGCAGAGAAGAAGCACAAGUGUUCCAAGUGCAACAACGGCUACAGCACAGAGUGGGACCUGAGGCGCCACAUAGAGGACUGUGGGAGGACCUACCGCUGCACGUGUGGCUGUCCCUACGCCAGCAGAGCAGCGCUACUGUCACAUAUCUACAGGACCGGCCACGAGGUCCCCACAGAACACAGGUAUCCACCAGUGAAAAAGCGGAAGAUGGAGAGACAGAUAAAUGGAGCAGAAAAAGUCAAGCCCACUGAAUUCAUGUGUCAGAUYAUAAAAACAGACAGAGAACUUUCAGAGGACUCCCUCCCUCCAGACAGGGUCUGCCACAACAUCCCCCCUAAACACCUCCACAAACUCCUCCUACCCAAGCCYGAAGUGGCUCUGGUGAAUUUCCCUGUGAUGCAGCUGGCCCAUCUCCCYGUCCUCCUCCCCUCCACAGAGAGYGGGGUUCUGAGGUCUGUGGUGCUGGCYRUGGACAGCCRGGGMUCCUUCAGCACCCUCCAMCUCAUGCCCCAGUCCAUGGGGKCCRUGRUGCCYCACCUGGACCCUAAGACCCUGGGCUUCAGGGGCAGCAUGCCUGYCUCCCGCUCCAGUCUGGGGCYUGUCAGCAUGGGGGUGCAGGUAAGUCUGGAGUCAUUGGGCUCUGGCGAUGACCUAGGAGGAACCAGGGGGAGCAAUACCUCCACCAACAUCCAGACAGACAUCUCAUACUUGUCCAGGAUGCCUGUCGGGGUGGGGACGGAGGUGUGCCCCGUUGGUGAGUCGUCAGUCUCAUCGUGUUCUCAGACAGAUAUUAGUGUGAGUGCUCAGGUCCUGCUGCCGGUCAGUGUAGAGACCCAGACGUUCCCUUCUAAGGCUAAAGCCACCACCACCAUCGGGGCGCAGACAGACACCCACACCCUCAGCCAGCUGCCAUGCCCCUAUUCCUCCCCAUCUCAGUCCCCCUACAUUACCAAGCAGACUCAGACCAGACUCGCCCUGGCUGGGUCAGAAGAGAGGGCUCAGAUGGACCAGGCCAUCAUGUGCUCAGACCUCUUCGACAGUUAYUCCCUCAGYGUCUCAACACAGACKGCACUGACAGACGGACRCUUCAGAACCCACGGUGUAGACGACCCCCUCUCCGGCGUUGGUAACGGUCUCUAUGACGACGACAAGUCAGCAGGAGGCAUGUGUUUUGGCGUACAGACAGACGAUCUCCAGUCGGGCAGCGUGGCGGACAACCAAACCCAGACCACCUUGGCUCUGUUCAACGACCUGGAGAAUAUCUUGUCAGGUCACUCUCUGUCCGGUCACCAGACGCAGAUGGAUUCUUCAACAGGCUGUGGGUCAGGUCUGGGYUCUGUUCAGGAACAGCACACGGGCAUYGAYUUUGACUUUGAGGAAUUCCUGAACGCRGCCCACAUCCAGACCCAGACGGAGGAGAGCGAGCUGAGCGGUCUGGGGGCUGACACGCCCCUGGAGGUCCUGGACAUCCAAACCCAGACAGACUUCCUCCUCCUGGAGGGCCUGGGAAACGGUGAGGGGCCGGGUCGGAGCCAGGCCAGCGACCUGGAACUGGAGAUGUUUGACACCCAGACCCAGACGGACCUCAACUUCCUGCUGAAAGCCGGAUGCCACAUGCCACUGGGCAACAUUCCGCGCCAGUCCAGCUUCUCCAUGAGCACAGAGUCCUCUGACACUGAGACACAGACCGACCUCCGCCGAUCGCUGACACCAACACCAAACUCCAACACCCUUCCCUCCGUGUCCCAGGGUGACCAGACCAGGCUCUUGAGCAGCACGGAGACUCAGACGGUGACCGACACAUCUUCUGAGGGCCUCGGAAACCUCUUCCUGACCAGCAACGAGACGCAGACAGUCAUGGACGACUUCCUGUCAGCUGACAUGGCCUGGAACAUGGAGUCCCACUUCAGCUCGGUGGAAACGCAGACGUGUGAGGAGCUGUUUGCUCUUUCAGCACUCUGAGAAGCCCAUCAGCUGAACCCCCCCCCCCCC